AUGUCGCGACGUAUCAUACAGGCCGGAGUGAAGCCGCGGGCAAAGGUUUACAGGCGGAACCAAAUCGAUGCACCCAUCGCCGGGCCAUCUGCCUCUGGGCCGUCCACGACCGGUCUGUCCUCGCAGCCACUUCCAUCGGAACCAGCAGUCGACGACAUUCCGAACUUCGACUUUGGGGACCCUGCAAACGCGCACCUACUUCCUGGGCAUGCCCGAAAACGAGCGAAGACCAGGUUGGCCGGCUCGACGCAGGCGGACUUAUGA